CACAUGUUACAAACACUACAAGAGUCCCUGGAAGAGCUGGAUAAACAACUGACCACGUACCUGACCGAUAGAGUGGAUGCUCUGCGAAUGCCACAGGAGGCUCAGAAAAUUCAAGCUGAUAUAAGUAGCCAUGAAGCAACAUUGGAGGAACUGAAGAAAAUUGCACGACCUGUGAUUCUGUCCAGCCCAGAUGUUAAACCCACUCGAGGAGGAUCACAACUGGAUGUUGUUCAGAGGAAGUUUCGAGAAGUGUCUACAAAGUUCCAGCUGUUCCAGAAGCCGGCUAACUUUGAACAGAGGAUGCUGGACUGUAAGCGUGUCCUAGAG